AUGUCCGCGAAAACGCUGAAGCUAUUGGCAGACUGCUCCUCUACGGAGUCAACUGCGCCAUCAAGUCCAGUUCUCGGAAAGCUUCGCGAUGCGGUUGCAGUCAGCGAGGCCUUUGCUCCAUCGGCUCCUCCGGGACUUGAGCUCUUGGCACCCGCAAAGAAAGCUUUUUCUGAAUCAGCGGAACUAGCUGAAUCGAGCUCUGGAAGCACUUACUUCGAUGAUUCCGAGCUUGCAUCAAUCCCGUCUGAUGGGAGGUUGUGGAGCCAAGCUGCUCAGUUUGAUGCGGGCGACAUGGAAGUCGUUGCAUGCGGCGGUGCGCAAAACCUCAUCCUCUCCACUACGCCGCUCAGUCCGCCAUGGGCAUUGAAUGGCUCGUUAUCCUCUACCGCAUCUGUCUCGUGGUUUGCAGACGAUGUCUUUUCCGCAGGGGCCGCGGCUCCUCCAGCAGAUGCUGGCUUUGCGGCUGGCUACGAUGGGGCUGGUUUUGCAGUACCAGAAAUGCUGCAGAUGCAAGUUUCUAUUCCCAUGGGCGCUGAUCCAAUGGAGCACCAUGCGCCCCUGCCAGCAACAGUGGGCUCAGCUGCACACGAGGAGGGCACCUGCAAGCCUUGCGCCUUCGUGUACACAAAAGGCUGCCAAAGUGGCAUGCAAUGUGCAUUUUGUCAUCUCUGUCCCCCUGGUGAAAAAGACCGUCGCAAGAAGGUGAAACAUAUCAUGGCAAGGAUCAGGCGCAGGGGGAAACCUGAGGCGGGACCGCUCCACGCAUGA